GAUCGUAUCCGCUGAGAUGAGUCGGUUGGUGGAAAUGGGAGGCAAAAAUCCGCUCAACUCAGCUCACUCUCCGCCGCGUCGAGCGGAUUUUGUCUGCUUUGGUUGAAAUGCCAUCGUCGGACACUUUCCGUCGUAGGUCGCGCACGACUCACGGCAGUGGAAAUCCAGCUUAAAUGGCGGCCACAAAAGAGAAAGUAAGGGUCAGUCGAACAUAAUAAAUUGUGGCAGCAACAGUAACAUGAAGGCAACGAGAGUGGAAAAUUAAAUGAAAAAUACGAAAUUAAUUAGUUAUCACCUAGCAAAACUAAAUUUCGAUUAACAUUUGUUUGUGUGUGUAUGCGAGGAGAUAAAGUGAAAUUUGGCAUCUGUUUUUGUGCACUGCAGUUUUCUGGGUAAAAGGAAUCGCAAAAUAUAUAUGUUAAAAGCGUGUGCACUAGAUUUCGAAGUGUGGGGGUGAGAUUUAUUUGCAUUAUCGAAUAAUUUGUGUGAGUGGUACAUCUACAUACUUAAUAACUUAAGGGAUCAUGAGCAAGUGACCAGCAACUGCAGCAGCGACGUCGAGAGUGUCAACGGUGACAAGCACUGUCCAUAAUACCGAGUUCGUGGCUACGCGGUCUUCAUCCAUGCAGGAUAAUAAUGCGAACUUAGCUCCUCUGAACCAAGUGGAAGAGUAUCAAAUGCCAUUAUUUCCAAGCUUGAGCAAGUACAAUAGAAGACAGGCAAGAAGAUGCAAGAAAUACAAUGGGGAAAAGAAGGAGAGACUUUUGCAAAAAUUUAUGACAGACAACGAGGAGCUAAUCCAGAAAACUGCAACCGAUGCCGUAAAGACUCUUAUCCGUAGAGCGUCUUCGAUGCAACAGAAGAUAGAUGAUCCGAACUUUGUGGAAAAUGGUCCCUUUGACGGGUUAAUGAUCCAGGCAGCCGACAACACGGUGCAAGAUACUGGAAAGUAAAUUUGGGAUUGUAAUAAAUAGGUCCAUGGUUUAUUGUUAUUUAUUUAUAAAUAUAAAUUAUUAAAUUGAAUUAUGUAAAAGAAUGAAUGAUAUUGAAAUGUGAAAUUGAUGUGAAAAUGAAUAAAUGUGAAAUUGAAUAUUGUAAAAGUA